AACAACCUAACCGUGUUUUGUUUUACGAAACAUUCGAUUUUAGCUGUCGGUUGAGUUGAAAAUAAUUUAUUAUAAAUCUAACGAAGAUAGUGAUUCUGAAAAAAAAUGGGGCUGGGGAAAGCGAAGAAGCCACCGCCUCCUCCUCCUCCUAGUACACUUGGGAGCUUAAUCCCGAACCCAUUUGGUCGGUCUCGGGAGCCCCCAAAAACACCAGUCCCAGGUUUCGGGUUCAGAAUCAAAAAUAUGUUUAAGAAUAACUUCAGGGGCAUUAUUGGUUCAUUAGUACCACUAUGUCUUUUGUCGUGGCGAAGCGAGCGAGAUAAUCAUGCCUUAACCGUGCAGCUGACGUGGCUGUUAAUGUUUUGGUUCUUCCUUGUGCAACCCGUUGCGGUUCCUGCAACUGGUCUGAUUACAGUAUUCCUAUUGCCAAUGGCUGGUGUCAUAUCAAGCAUUCAAGCAUGCAACUGUUACAUGAAUGAAAAUAUAAUUCUUUUUCUACUAUCUUCAAUGCUUCUCUUAUUGCUGAAUAAUUCCGGCGUGGAUAGACGUAUAGCAAUAUGGUUUAUAUGUUCUGGGGAUGCAUGCCAAUAUUCUGCGAAAAGGAUAAUAUUCAAGUUCAGUUCAGCGGCGUUCUUUCUGUCGAUGUUUAGCAAUCGGCUCAUAAUUUGUUCCACCCUUACACAGAUAUCUACGUCCGUGCUAACCAAAUUAGAUGCGUCAACAUUAAAAUCAGACGAGAUACCAAAUUUUGUUACCAUGCGAUAUAUUGUUAAUAAUGCAAUCCAAGUUUCAGCAGGGAUUGGUAGCACUGCAAUUAUGCACUCUGCGUCUGUAACUAUGCUCUUCCGGGCAAUUUUUGUGGAAUUUGCACCCAAAGGCCAGGAAUACCCGGAUAUAUUCAAUUAUCUUCAAUAUUCGGCUUUUGCUUUCCCUGUCGCAUUUUUAAUGUUCAUCUUUUGCCUUAUUUACCACAUGCUACUAGCAAAUUCGGCCCUGAAAGUACCUAUGCCAUCUGGCAAAAUGGAAGAGUUGCGGACUGGCUUUCUGAGGUUUCAAGAAGAGUUACCGUCUAAACAUAGUCUACAUGAAAAGCUCAGCGUAAUUUUUCUCGUAGUUACUCUAUGUAUGUUUUUCUUCCGCUGGUGUAAAUGGAUCGAGGGAUGGGCAGACUUUUCGGCUACCGAGGGUGCUCCACAAUUACCAAGAGUUAAAGAUGCUACAGUUGCAGCUAUAUUUGUUAUAUUUCUCCACACUCUGCCUAAAAGCUAUAGUUUUCUGAAGUUCCUUAAUAUUGAGAGAAAAAGUGAAUUACCGCCUUUAAAACCUGAGUCAGCCGUACUGUGGUGGAGAUUUGUUGAUAGAAACGUAAACUAUGCAUAUUACUUUGUAUUUGGUAGUGCAUUGUCGAUAACUAUUGCCGCCGAGAAGACUGGCCUGCAUCGAAUUAUUGGCGAAAAUCUUGGAAAAAUUAUAACAGGAAAAUCUUGGAAUGUGGGCCUUUUUCUCACUCUCUUCAUUAUAACAUUCCUGGCAAAUAUAAUGUCUGCGGUCCCAGCUUGUACAGUAUUUCUUCCGUUUGUAUUAUGUGCAUCAGUGGAUGCUGCUCAACCUUGGCCAGGCAAAGUUUACGUUGCAGCAUUAGGCGUCGGCAUAGCAUCGUCUUUCGGAUUCAGCUGUCCUUUCCUAUAUACUCCUGCUUACUUCUGUCAUUACACUGGGAAAGUACCAAUACUGAAAAUGGCUAAAUAUUCUUUCAUACCGGUGUGGAUAUGCCUCGUAACUUUGUUUGUUGCCCUUAUGAUAUGGGCACCGUUUGUAUUCGACUCUGAUGACGCCGGUAUCAUGGCCAUCCCGGUGCCGGGCGGCCCAGGUGAGACGACGACGGUGACCGAAGAAGCACCACCAAGUCUUUAAAAGUGCUGAUCCAAUUCGAAUUUAGAUGUUACGUGUUAUUUACUACAAGUUUCCACGG